AUGCCAUUUGGCCUCACCAAUGCCCCGGCCGCCUUCCAACAUUUCAUGAAUGACUUGUUUAGGGACCUCAUUGAUGUUACCGUGGUCAUCUACUUGGAUGACAUAUUGAUCUUCUUGGAAGACCCCAAGGACCACCCUACUCAUGUCAGGGAAGUCCUAUCACGGUUGAUGAAGAACCAGCUGUUUUGCAAACUCUCCAAAUGUCACUUCCACGUCACUACGGUUGAUUACCUUGGCAUUGUCAUAUCACCUGCAGGCUUCUCAAUGGACCAAAAGAAGAUUGAGGCAGUCACUUUGUGGCCCCAACCCAAAACGGUCAAACAGGUCCAGGCCUUCCUAGGUUUUGUCAACUACCUUUGGCGGUUCAUCCCAAACUUCAGCUCCGUGGCACAUCCCCUCCACAAUCUUACCAAAAAGGAAACCCCCUGGUCAUGGGGUGAUUUGGAAGAAACAGUGUUCCAUGAAUUGAAAACCCUGGUUACCAGAUCCCUGGUCCUGAUCCAUUCCAACCCUAUGCUUCCUUAUUACCUUGAAAUGGACGCAUCAGGGGUAGCAAUGGGAGCUAUACUCAGCCAACAAGGGCCAGACAACUGGUUACACCCAAUUGCCUACAUGUCAAAAUCAUUCUCAGGAGUGGAAGCAAACUACAACACCCACAACAAGGAGCUUCUGGCUAUCAUCAGGGCAUUGGAAGAAUGGAGAAUCUUCUUGGAGGCAACGGAUAAACCCAUACAAGUUUUCACAGACCAUUGGAAUCUGGAACAGUGGAUGCAGCAGGCACAAACAUUCAACCGCAGGCACGCCCAAUGGUGCAUAUUCUUGAGCAACUUCAACUUUGAGAUCCACUACCGCCCAGGAAAGCAGUCAGGGAAACCAGAUGCGUUGUCCAGGAGAUCAGACUACAUUGACAGCCCCCAGGAACCAGAAAUAAUGCUACCUGCUGAAGUAUUUGCCAACACAUUGGAAGAGGAACUGGAGAUUGUCACAAAAAUACAGAACAAACUAAAAGAGUACCCCUCCCUCAAACCUAUUAUCCAGUUUCUGACAGAAGACGCAGACAACGCACCUCCCUCUAUCCAAAAAGCCUAUCAAGAUUAUGACUGGGAAGAAGAUCUCCUGUGGUAUUGCGGAAAACUAGUUGUCCUGGACUCAGAAUCCCUCAAGGAACAAUUAUUGAGGGAAUUCCACAACUCCCCAUUGGCAGGGCAUCCAGGUCAACAAAGGACGCUUGAACUUGUCAGCAGGAAUUAUUGGUGGCCUGGAAUGAAAUCCUCUGCUAAAGAAUGGGUUGAAUGCUGCCCAAUAUGCCAAGCCAACCAACAAGACCAUGCACUGGUCAUUGCCCUUAAACCCCUAGAAGUCCCACCAUUCCCUUUCCACACAAUCUUGUAUGACUUCAUCACAGGGUUCCCCAAAUCCCAGGGACACAAUGCUAUCUUAGUAGUGAUUGAUUUGUUUUCCAAGUUUGGCCAUUUUUUCCCUACCUCCAAGAAGGUCACAGCAAAAGGGCUAGCAAAUUUGUUUGUCAAUCACGUCUGGAAACUCCAUGGCCUACCAGUGAAAACCGUCUCAGACAGGGGAACUACGUUUACGGGUAAAUUCCUUAGGGCACUGUACCAACGCCUUGGGAUCAAGCCAGCCUUCUCAUCAGCCUACCACCCAGAAUUGGAUGGACAAACAGAAAGGGUCAACCAGCUCAUAGAAUUCUACCUCAGGUCAUAUGUAGCAGCAGAUCACUUGGAUUGGGCAACAUGGUUACCACUAGCAGAAUACGCAUACAACAAUGCCAAGCACGCUGCCACAGGAAAAACCCCAUUUGAGCUGAUUUACAGAAGAAACCCAGUAAUGAACCUGUCCAACAUCCCAGCAAAUGUACCAGAAGCAAAUCUUGUAGCUGACACCUUGGCCUGUGAAUGGAAAGAAGCAGAAUCUACCCUGAGAAUGACAAAGGAGAAAAUGGCAGGAACAAGGGGAGUGAUCCUGGAAUAUUCCAUUGGAGAAAAAGUAUGGCUAGACGCAAAGAAUGUGGAGAUCUGCUCAAACUCCAACAAACUAGAUCCCAAGCAACUAGGACCCUUCAAGGUCACCAAAAAAAUCUCCAGUCACGCGUACCGCCUGGAACUCCCUGACACCCUGAAGAUACACAAUGUAUUCUAUGUAGGGCUACUAUCCAAAGUCCACAAGUCCCCAAGUCAACCGCUCCUGGAGCACCCCCCUCCUGAAACAAUAGAAGGGGAGGAAGAAUAUGAGGUUGAACAAAUCAUCAACUCCAAAAGACAACAAGGAAAGUGGUUCUAUUUGAUCAAAUGGAAGGGAUAUGGCCCAGAAGACAACUCAUGGGAACCUGAAGAGCUGUUAGAACAUAGCAAAGAAGAAAUCUGUUGCUUCAACCAGUCACAACUGAAAAAGUGUUACAACCUCCUUACAUAUACCAUUAGAUUUGCACAAUUUUUCUAA